AUGAAGAGAGUAGGUGAUAAAAAGCAAAAGCAGAAUUUACCAGUUACUUCUAGUAAACAAACUGAUAUAGCCACCUGGAUAGCAAAUGGCAGCCAAAGUACCCAGGAACAUAAAGACCAUAAAAUAUCUUCUAAUGAAGAGACAGACUCCAUCCAGGAUCCUUUUGAAGAAGCACUGAUCUUCUUGAGAAAAAUUAAAGAUCAUACUACCCUGAAGAAUGAAGCUUUGCAGAAACACUUAUUAAGAGUGGAAAAGAUUGCCCAAGAAAGAGGCUUGACUCCAGAAGAAAUUGAUGCCUUGCUGAGUAUAGCACUCAGCGGCAAGUUUGCUGAAGUGAUAAACAUUCGACUGUUGAAGAGCCUGAUUCCCAUUUCAGCAAUAACAGAGGAUUCAAUUGUUUCAGCUGUUUCAUUACUUUGUGUUGGCAAAUGUUCUCGUAAUACUCAGGUUCUUUUCUUAAAAUGGUUAAUUGCAAUGUAUGAUUUCAUUGAUCAUAAAGAAAAGAUUAAUGCACUCUAUGGGUUCUUCUUCAACUUCUUACAGGAUGAAAAAUUGUGCCCCUUCGUCUGCCAUCUGCUAUAUUUGCUGACCAGAAGACAAAAUGUAAAACCUUUCCGCGUCCGACGACUCUUGGAUCUAAGAACCAAGAUGGGAUCAGAAGCUCCGUUGCUGGCUCUUCUCUUAACGUAUAAAAGCUUUGCGCCAAGCAUGGCAACUUUCACUUUCACCUCUUCCCAGAUGCGAUUUAAGAAUACAGAAAACCUGUGGAAAAAUGCAAUUAGUAACAUAAAGCAACGGAUUUCUGGCCUUUCGCCAACAUCUCAGCCAGUUUUAGCAUUUCAGCCCCCAAAGAAAGAAUGGAAUCCAAAAUUGAUGUUACCUGCGUGUAACAAGAACUUGGCUCAGAGUUCAAAGGCCAAACGUAAGGAUUUCAAGAGUCAUCCUGAAUCCUUCCCCGUGCAGCAUCUGCAGAACUUCUCCCAGCUUUUGGAGAACAUGCAAUAUUUAGAACUUCCUUCCCAAAUAGGCUCGGUGUUAGGAAAUCGGGUGUUACUCCACUACAUUAAUUGUGUCACGGAUGAUGUCGUUUACCAGAGGAUGUACUACUGGCUGGGCCAAACAUUCAGAGAAGAAUGCCCUUGGAUUAAGAUUGAAAACCAGAAAUACGAACUGGAAUUCAAAGAAUUCUUGAGCACAGUUUUGGAAGCGGAAUGCUUCUUGCAGGAGGGCUUCUCAUCUUGUGAAGAAUUUUUGUACCAAAGCCUGCCCUUCUGGGAUGGUUGCGUCUGUAGGUCACAAGUCCUGCAGAUGAUCAGCUGGAUCCCCCUCAGCACCUUCUCAGAAAUGAAAGCUUAUCUCUGCAAGCCGUUGAUGCAGCUGUUUUUCACCUCCUCUCUUUAUUUUAAGUGCAGUGUUCUUGAAAGCCUGAGGGAACUGCUACUAAACUGGCUGAAUUGGCAUUUCUUGCAACCAGACGUGUCAUCCGAGUUAAGUGUAGAUGUCCUGAAUACUUCUGUUUCAAGCUUGGUUAAUUCUAUAGCAGAACUCAUCCGAUUUGUUGGCCGGCUUUCAACCAUUGCUCUGCACUUGGAGAACAACUCUGCUUUUUUAAUGCACUUCAUUCUGGAUUUCUAUGAAAUAGUAUGUGAUAUGUUUCAGACGUACAAGGUCCCUUUGCUUAUGAUCCCUCCUGCAGGAGUUUUCUACCCAGCACUGCUUAGCUUGGAUUCUGUCACAGUGGAUCAGCUGUGCUACAUCAUGUUCAGGUAUCGAACCAAUUUGGUAGCUGCUAAAGAAUAUCUACAAGCUAAGAAGCCAUCACUGGGGAUCAGGUUUAGCAACGAGAUUUGCCAAGAAUACAACCAAUAUAUAACAAGCAUGGUCGGAUGCCUGUGGACCUCAAACGUCUUCCAGAAAGACUUCCACCCUCAGGGGAUUCGUAUGGAGCCCGAAGUGCUGGAGAAGACCUUGGUGCAGGACUCCAGGAAGGCCUUGAACAUAGUGUACCAUCCUGCCUUGACAGGUUAUGCUAUGCUCUUUGUGCAGCAGGAACAAUCAGAACACAAAAUCCAAGACAUCAAGCUAAUUCAGGGGAGGAGAUGGUACUGGUACUUGGAAUAUCUAUACGCCCAAGAGUUACAAGGCUUGAAAGUCUUCAUUGAAAGCAGCAUCACGCGUGCGGCUCGACCUCCUCAAACAAAACCAGAUAACUAAUUGGGUAUUGAAGAUUGACUCUUGUGAAUGGAUUUCUUCUCACCUUCUGUCAAAGCUAAACUUGGAUUCUAAUGGACUCCUGUUUCUGAAGAGAGGGAUCCCUUCAGUGCCGAUAGCCGUACAUAGCUCUUGGUGACAAUAGUAGCACACACAAAGAUAUUUGCCCAGCUGAUGUUUGUGACAUUAAAUCUUUCAUCUUUGGCCUGGAGACUACAAACUUAACUCUCGUGAAAGAAAUAGAGCGUGCCUAAUUCCUGUUGCUAACUUUUUGCUUCGUUUUGGACUUAAGCAACCCGAUUCAAUUCAUUAUUGCAAACAUUCAGGCAAAUUAUAGCAGGAUUUUCCAGCGUUUGACCACUUUUGGACAGAAACUGUGACCAUUCUUUGGACAGCUAAAUUGUCAUCUUUCAUUGAUAAUCCCAAAGCCCCCCCCCCACAACAGUCUUAGACUUGUAGAUAACUGUAAAUGAUUGUAUAGAACUUAUUUAUGCACAAAAUGCUCUGUAAUAUAAA